AUGAACGCAGAACUGGACAAUUUCAAUGCUCUUCGUAAUGCCAAAUGUCGUCGUUGUCAUUUAUGUUUAUGGAGUAAUUAUUUCGGACUUGGUUUUACUCUUGCACCUGCACUAGAACCACCAUAUAUUAUUGAAAGUGUUGAAUCGAAUAGUCCAGCAGCUGCUGGUGGUCUUAGAAUACGUGAUAUUGUUCUUGCUGUUAAUGAUAAAAACACGUUUGAGCUUAGUUUUGAUGAGCUUAAAAAUAUUAUUCAAAACGCACGAGAUGCACACGGUCGUAUUGAAUUACUCAUGAUUGGUCCAGAUUUUUAUGAAACACCAAAUAAAAGCAAUGAACCGAUCAACCCUAGAUUUGUGAAAACUAUUAAAACGCCACAGACAAUGCCAAUAGAUUAUCAAAACUUUCCAAAACAUCAACCACGUACCUGUGAAAUGCGUUUAAAUAGGAGUGAUACAUCAUUCGGUUUUCAAACUGUUGAUCCUCUGACGAGUGUUGGUAUGCUUAUUCAAGAAGUAUAUCCGAAUUCACCUGCCGCUAACACAUCAUUACGUAAAUGUGAUCGAAUUAUUGAAAUUGAUGAUGAAUUUAUUGAUAAUGUUUCCAGUAGAACUAUCUUAGAAAAAUUACAUACAGCACAAGAAGAACAGCACGUGAAAUUAUACGUUGUUGAUACGGCGACCUAUGAAUUUUUUCAAUCAAAUAACAUACCAUUAUCAUCAAAAGAAUAUCGACAAAGCACAUUUGCAAAGAAAUUCUCACCAGAUUCAUAUAUCGAAGAAGAUAAGAGACCCAAAAUUGAUGAUGUUAAGUCACAAUACGAAGAAGAUGAUAAUAAGUCUUUCAAUCAAAAUUCUAAUAACAUUAAUAGUUCAUGUUUACCUAUUCAUGUUUGCAAAGGUGAUCUAAUAACACAAGAGACUGAUGUUAUUGUUGUAUCUUCAUCAUCACAGCGUUUAUUUAAGAGCAUUUGUAAAGCUGGUGGAAGUUCCGUGUUAGCUUCAUACAAUGCAAAAUUGAAUAACAAUCCUGAAGCUCCUAUUAUUGUCGUUAAGGCUGAUGGGCAGCUUGCAUCAAAAAUAAUUUACUUUCUCUCAUUGAAACCAAGUUCCGAUACAUCUAUUCUUUGUAGGUCCAUUGAAAAGUUUGUUUCGGACGCAUUAGAAAAGGCAACAAAGCAAAACUAUCGAAGCAUCGCAUUUCCAGCCAUUAGUUGUGAUCAAUUUCGAUGUUCACCCAGUAUCGUUGCAUGCACCAUGGUUAGAGAAGUUUAUCGUAAAUUAAAAAUCUCUAAAAUGUCGGUUUCAUUUGUAAUUAAACCAGAAAAGACAGAUAUCUAUGAUGAAUUUCUAAAGCAAAUUCAUUUAUUAGAACCAACAUUAUCAUCUCUUGAGUCAAGAACAAUAUGUGCAACAUUUAAACGAGGAAUAAUCGAAGUUGAAAUGGGAGAUAUAACAAUGCAAAAGGUGGAUGUUAUUAUUGGUAGCUCAUCAUCAAAUAUCUUAAGAAAAGCAAUAAUAAAGGCAGCUGGCAAUGAAACUCAAGCAGUAUACGAUCUCGAAUCAACAACUCAUCCAAAUUCCGUCUUGAUUGCAACACCAGCAGGAGCUCUACCCUGUAAACAAAUAUUCUUUGUUAAAUGGGAACCUGAUAGUGAUGAAAAAAUACUUGAACAAUCUCUUGUUGAUCUCAUAUAUACUGUCGUACAAAAUGUUAAAUCACAUAGGUUUACGUCAAUUGCACUUCCAGCUAUUGGAUGUGGAAAACACGGCUGCUCAAUAGAUAUUGUAGUUAAAACAAUGGUUCUAGAAAUGAAAAAGAAUCUUAUUAAGAGAAAUUUACCAUGGACAGUGAAAUUUGUCGUGGAACCUGAUCAAGAAAAUAUUUAUGAUGAAUUUCGUAAACAAGUAUUUACAACACAAGAUGGUAAAACAAAAGUUUUCACUCUAUUAAUUAAACUGAAUUGUGUGAUAUACAGAAUAGAUUAA